AUGGCUCAGUACGGUCGUUCGGAGUACUGGGACGAGCGCUAUACCCGCGACCCUGAGCCUUUCGACUGGUACCAGCGAUGGGCAGGUUUGAAAGACGUCGUACAAGAGUAUGUGAAGCCCGAAGACAAGAUCCUGAAUGUCGGGGCUGGUAAUUCUAAGCUGAGCGAGGAGAUGUACGAGGAAGGGUAUCACAACAUCGUCAACAUUGACAUUUCUGAUGCUGUCGUGAAGCAGAUGGGAGAGCGGUAUCAGGACAAGCCUGGUAUGGUUUAUCAGCAGGCCGAUUGCAGGGCGCUGGACUUCGCUGAUGGCAUGUUUGACGUCGUUAUCGACAAGGGGACGCUUGAUUCCAUACUGUGUGGCGAGGGAUCCAGCCAAAACGCACAGAAGAUGCUAAGCGAGAUCUCUCGAGUACUAAAUCCGUCUCGAGGCGUUUACAUAUGCAUAUCACAUGGUCAGCAGAGCUAUCGUCUCACAUACCUCCAGAAACCAGACUUCCAAUGGUCUGUGAAGGUUCAUACCGUGGCCAAGCCCAUGAUGGGUAUGACUACUGCUAUUGGUGGUGAUGAGAAGGACAAUGUUCAUUAUAUAUAUGUCUGCACUAAGGUACUGCACGGACUGCUAUGA